GUUUGUGGAAGCUAACUUUCGUUUUUCUCUGUUUACGUAUGAAUCAUCUUUUCCAAGAUGGCGAGGCACCUGUUUCUCUGGCGAUGAUCCUCUUCAUUUUUGCGCAGUUUUAAUAAAAUAACCACCGGGAAUACGUUGUCGGCAAACCGACGGUGGGUGAAGGAAACUCUGAAGUGAUCUGCACCGUCCAGAAUGUCCACGGAGGAGCUGUCAGCUUCGGAUAGCGAGACUGUAUUCGCCAGCGCCGGGGAGCGAUGGGCACCGGUGGGCGCCGUGGCCAGCCCCGAGGAGGAGAGCGGCGGCCGGCCGAGGCAGAGAGGCUCGUCGUCGGCCACCGAUGAGGAGAUGGCCGCCCGGCUGAUGAAGCUGGAAGAGGAGCAGGACUUGUUGAAUUCAUCUCUAUUAGCGCUAACGUCGCACUUCGCACAGGUUCAGUUCCGACUGAAGCAGAUAGUUCACGCUCAGACCGAGGAGAAGGAGAGGAUGCUGGCCGAGCUGGAGGAGUUCGCCUUCAGGGGCUGCCCGCACGUCGUGGGCUGCCGAGCCCAGGAUGCCAAGCAGCUGGAGAACUCGGAAGAUCUGAGCGAGAGGGAGAAGCGGGAGCGACUGGAGGCGCAGAGGGAAAAACAAAAGGAUCUCAUCGUCCAGCUGAAGACGCAGCUGGACGAUCUGGAGCGCUUCGCCUAUCAGGAGGGCAGCUACGACUCGCUGCCACAGUCCGUCGUCAUGGAGAGGCAGAAGGUCAUCAUUGACGAGCUGAUAAAGAAGCUGGACGUGAAUCUGAACGAGGACAUCGGGAACUUGUCCCCGGAGGAGCUGAGGCAGCGGGUGGACGCCGCCAUCGCUCAGAUCGUGAACCCGGCCCGAGUGAAGGAGCAGCUGGUGGAGCAGCUGAAGACGCAGAUCAGGGACCUGGAGAUGUUCAUUAACUUCAUACAGGAUGAGGUGGGGAACCCUCUUUUGUCAGACGGAGUGCGGAGCCAGCUGCCGAAAGCGGACGGAGCCAACGGCAGAGCUGCAGGGAUGAAGAAGAAAGUGGACCCGGUCCAGGCUGAGCGGAUGCGGGACACGGGCCUGCAGCUCAUCCAGAAGGCUCUGGCCGUGCUGCAGAUCUUCGCUGCCAGUCAGUUUGGCUGCUCGGCCGGCCACGUCCCCCAGAACCUUUGGCCCCAGGACUGUCCGGGCCGGGACUACGGCCCCCUGCUGCAGCGCCUGGAGGCGGCCGUGGAGAAGGUCCGGGUCCUGGGCUCACGGCGCCAUCCCUCCGUGGAGCACGUGGUGAGCUACAGCGGCGGGGCGGCGGCGGCGCUGGGCGCCCGGGACGAGCUGACGACGGCGGUGAGGAAGGAGCUGGCGGUGGCGCUGAAGGACCUGCUGGCCCACGGCCUGUUCUGCCCCUCGCAGACCAUGAGCCUGGUGCUGGCGCCCAUCUCCUGCCUGCUGCCCUACCGCCCCGCCCCGCUCGCCAUGCACCCCUGGGAACUCUUCGUCAAGUACUACGAGUCCAAAAACGGGAAGGCGUUCGUGGAAUCGCCGGCCCGAAAGCUGUCGCAGUCCUUCAGCCUGAAGGUGGGCGGCGGCCCGGGGACGGUGACGCCCAAACACUCGCUGCUGUGGGCCGUCCACUCGGUGCUGAAGGAGCACGGCCGCUACAAGCGCGGGCCGGACUCGGAGCUCAAGGCGCUGGUGUGCAUGGCGCUGAACGAGCAGCGGCUGGUUUCCUGGAUCAACCUGCUCUGCAAGUCGUCCGUUCUGAUCCAGCCUCACUACCAGAGCUGGAGCUACAUGGCCCAGACGGGCUUCGAGGGCGCCCUGCGCAUCCUGGGCCGCAUCAGCCACCUGCGCUUCAACCUGCCGGUGGACCUGGCCGUGCGGCAGCUCAAGAACAUCAAGGACGCCUUCUGACGAGGCGCUCUGCGGCGGCGGCCACUGCAAAAACACAAAGUCUGACCAGGAGCUUCUGUUCAAAAUGUCUCAUUACGCUUAAAAUAAGACAAAACUAAACCACAACUAACAAUUCAGCAAGAAAUACCAGCUGGUUUUAAGUCAGUAAUUAUUGAAUAUUGAUAAAAA